CAUGCACCGGGGUGGCGAUCCGGGAGGCGAGCACCUGAGCUGGAGCGGCCGAUAGCAGCACGCAACUUUCGGCUCUCGGGUGGCGGUUUGUGGAUAAGGACGGAGGAGUGCAGAUCAUAAACGACAUCCAAGCAGAUGGCGCUAGACCGGGACCCCGGGGUCGGCCAAGAGCAGAGGGACGCGGCCGACCAGAACUUUGACUACAUGUUCAAGAUGCUGAUCAUCGGCAACAGCAGCGUGGGAAAGACCUCCUUCCUGUUUCGCUAUGCAGACGACUCCUUCACCUCGGCGUUUGUGAGCACAGUGGGCAUCGACUUUAAAGUCAAGACAAUUUACAGGAACGACAAGAGGGUCAAGCUCCAGAUCUGGGACACGGCGGGUCAGGAGCGCUACAGGACCAUCACCACAGCGUACUACAGGGGAGCCAUGGGAUUCCUGCUCAUGUAUGACAUCACGAGCCAGGAGUCCUUCUGUGCAGUUCAGGACUGGGCAACCCAGAUCAAGACCUACUCCUGGGACAGCGCUCAGGUCGUGCUGGUGGGCAACAAGCUGGACUUGGAAGACGACAGACAAGUCCCCAAAGCAGAUGCCCAAAGAGUGGCUACAGAGCUUGGUUUUCAGUUCUUCGAAGCCAGCGCCAAAGACAACAUCAACGUGAAGCAGGUCUUCGACAAGCUGGUGGACCUUAUCUGUGAGAAGAUGAACGAGAGUGUCAACGGUCACACCAGCCAGCCAGUCAAUCAGAAGGGGGACACCUUGAAGGAUAAGCGUGACACGAGUCAGAGAGGCUGUGCUUGCUGAUAGCCGAUCGGCGCCAACAGGAGCGGUCCUCUCGACCGGUUUCACUUCACACACCUAAGCAGAUGAACUUCACUGGAUUUUUCUCCUCAUCCUUGAGGCGGUUUGAGAGAUCCCUCAUAAUUUCCUCAGACUGUUAUCCAGUAAAGCCAAAGAGUUUCCUCUCUGCCUUUGUUCAUAACAUCCCUGCUUUAACAGUUUCCUGUAGGUGACAGCACCUGUUGCAGUUGAGGAAGCGAACCAGAUCAGCAUGGACUUACUUGUGUUGCGUUGCCCUCCUGUGGCCAUUUUAUGUAAAUGCAUCACUAAAAAGCCCUAACAUUCCUGAAGGUUGAGGUCAAACUCGUGUAUGGAUGCCAUUAUAACAGUUGUGCUCGUUGUGUAAAAAGCAUGUAACUCUUUGCUUUGAAAAGAUGCCAUUAUCUGCCUCUAUUUAACUUAUUUUUGUCAUGUGUGUUUAAUAAUUGCCAUUUGUCGGGUUUCUAGCCUCUUACAGUUGACAUUAAAAAAAAUCUAUCUGUGCA